AUGAUCACGUUGGCAUUGUUCAGUUUUGUUGGUCUCAUCGCUCUGAGUCUUGGAUCAAAAUGUUGCUCUCCUCCACAAUGGGAACGUGGCGAGCAUAUAGAAGGGACAGAGUUUGUCAACGGGACAAUGUCUCCUUUCCAGGGAACAGCGCGGACAGCAUAUGAUGCAAAGAAUCACAAGUUUAUGACUAAAUUCACAAUGAUGAGAGGCAAGGAACUAGAGAAGAAGCACAUUUUGAAUGACUACUCAACCGGGAUGAAAUAUGUCGUGACGAAUGGCAAAUGUAUGAAGACCGAGCUGUCAGGCCCGUUCCCCGAAGAUUGUGUUCCAGAUGAAGCCUCGGGCGGUUUUCCAAUGUAUUUUGGAGUCGGUGAUAAUAAGAUCAAAGUAACAAACUACAUAUUGACGAGUCCCAAUAGGUCGACGUCUUUACUGGUCACAGAGAACUGUGUUCCCUUUUCUAAUUCCACGACGAGCACAGAAGGAGAAUCUCCGUUUUCUGUUGCUAUUGGAUAUAAUGGGACAACACUCGGUAUUUCUGAUCCCUCCGUCUUCGAUAUUCCUCCUGCAUGUUCUCAUGAUGACCACACCGUCACAGGCGAGACAGCAAAAACUAAUUUCCCAGUCUGUUGUUUUCCUAAACAGAUAGAGUCACCUGGUGGCAGUAUGGGUUUGGUAAAUGUGAACGGCAAAGCACUGAUGCAGCAGGGAGUUCAGUAUACUAUACAGAACGAUGUGUGUAGAAAGAGCCCGCUCACAACUCCUAUGGCACCCGAUUGUACACCUGCUGACGCCACAUUCAAGCCUGUCCUCUUGGGCACUGGUAACAGUACAUUGAAAGGAAGAAUGUAUAACUACAUAGCUGAGGGUGUUAACAUGACAAUUUUUGCGACAGAAGACUGUAUCCCUUUCUCCGAGACAUUGUAUGGACACGCUGGACCAUAUGGUAUGGAUUAUUGGAUGACAAUGGGUUUUUCUGCUUUGACCAUUGGAAUCAAAGACCCAUCUGUGUUUGACGUACCUGCCAGCUGUCGAAAACUGACGACUUCCUACUAA